AUGGCUGAGCACGAGCACGAAGAAGGCAGCUCGUCUUUGAUCAUUUGCAACGGCAGAGACCCUGAGAGCAUCCAGCUGCUGUGCACCUUUCUGCCGAGAGGGAGGAGGACUCACAUCGUGCAGUCCUCGGAAACGCUCAGCGUGGCGCAUGUGAAGCCCUGCUUGGAGCGGCUCUUCCAACGCGAUGGCAUCAAGAGGAUUUUCUAUGUUGGUCCAGCAGAUGAGACGACCAACGGAUGUGCUUGGGCCUUUGAUGAGCCCUUGACAUUGAAUGACAUUUUGAGCUUGAAGGCUCGGAAUCAGAAUGCUGCAACUACAGUCACAAUCUAUGCGGACUACACCACCAAGGCAUCCAUCCAGAAACUGAUUCCUGCAGAUGAUGUCACGGUGUUUAGCUGGUGCUCCUGGCAUGCGGAGGAGAGCAAGAAGGGUCAAGGACUCACAUAUUUGGUAUAUGCAAACCUGGGCUUGCGAGAAGAAGUGAUGCAAGAGCUUUCAAGCGUUUACGGCCCUGAUGGAACCAGCUAUGAUGAUUGGAUGCCCCUGCAAGGUUUGGGUCUGACCAACUUUGAGGCUUCCGCCCCUUGGCUCGGCGAGUUCCGGACUCUCGCGCUCGAAGCACGUCACCCCAUCGCUGUCUAUGUGGCCGCCACGCUGCGGAAGAUUCGCCGUGACCAGACCAAAUUCGGACAGAGCAAGGAAAACAUGGAGCGAGUGCGUCAAGUGAUCGCAAGAAUCAAAGAGCGCCUUGAUGCUUGCAAGUAUCGUGAUACUGGUUCCGAUGGUGCGGACGGUGCUCAAAGCAAAUCCAAGGACGCUGGGGAGUCAGCUUGCUCUGGCACUAGAAGUGUGCAUGUAAAAAUUGUUGGGAUUGGAGACGGUGCAGAUUCAGAUGAGCUCGAUGACUUCGACGAGAUCUUUGAGUCAGUGGAGCAGCACCAUACAUUCUGGACAAGUCGUGGUUGCCGGGUGAGCAGCAUGUAUGAUUCAAUGGGCUGGCACUCCGGAGACGUUCAAAGGGCAAUUCGUGAGCUUCACAAGUCGACGAGCUCAAGUCAGGCGAUUUUGGUGGUGGUGGGUGUGGGUGGCUUUCCAGACUGUGAUCUUGACAAUUGCGACCUUCCCGAUGUCCCAAGUGGUGAGCAAUUUUUUGCUUGGAGGCUUGCAGAUGGGGAGCAGUUCUUCUUUCGUUCAGGUUUUUGCAGCUUUUGGAAUGAUCUGGGUUCCAAGGACAUCAUCCUGUUCUCUGAUUCUUGCUACGGAAAGCUAUUGUGUGAGGAGGCUGCAAGAUUGAAUGCGGCGUGCAUCAUCCAAGCAACCAGUGGCAGUCACAAAACUACCCUGCCUGAGCUAGUUGGUCUGCGUGAUGACCCCGAGACCGAUGAUAGCCUUACAAAUGAUCCGGACACAGAGGAUGAAGACCUGCAGAUUGGGUGCAACAACGGCCAACAUUGGAUAUUUCAGCAACAGUAUUCCCUGACCCCUCGGCAACGUCGCAGAUGGUUUGGCACACACUACUAUCGGCUGGAAGAACCGGUGGAGUCCGACUGUCCUCCGUUUCAUUGGUACAACCCAUCUGGCCAAGAGUGUCUCACAUUGCCAGGAAACUUGUCCGUUCGCUUGAUUGGGAAGAGGGUGGAGCCCCCGGCGGAGGAUGAGCGACCUGACGCUGAUCGUCAAAAUUCAGCAAAGGUUGAGGGGCAGGCGAUUGUUGCCCAGCCCAGUGGCCAAGAGGACUGGCUGGAUGGUUUACAUGAGCUGUGCCUGAACCGCCCCACGAUCUUCACAAUGCUGGAGUCACUGAUGCGCGAGUUUCCAGAGGCGAGGAAUCCGCAGCUUUUUCAGGUGUUGCGGGACGAGCUGAAGGGUUCGACGAUGCGCGAUGGGCCACAGAAGGAAGAGCCAAGCGAUUUGAUCGAAGCACUGGAACAUCUCAGAGUUGACCUCAAAUUAAGAAGGCGCUUUGCAAAGGAUAUUGUGGAAGCAUUCAUUGAAGAAUUGGAAUAG